UGUGUUUGUCGGCAACAAGCUGCCGUUUGUCUGCUGCUGUGGACGUCCACAAUCAGCUGGUGGCUGCAGGUUUUCACCAACAUGGAAAGGAUCCAUCAGAACCCAGGACCAGGACCAGGACCAGGAACAGGACCAGAACCAGGACCAGGACCUGGACCCAGCUGUGUGUCCUUUAAGAGCGAUGACUCAAAGGGUUUUUUAAUUGACUUUAAAGGAGAUGGAGCUCCUGCUGCUCAGAGAGUGGAGCAGCAGAACUCAGAGGUUCCCAGAGUUCAGUCUGACCAGCAGCUUCACCUGGACUCCAUAUUCAUGCUGCUGGAGGACAACAUGGUGACUUUUGUGAAGAAAGAGCUGAAGAAGAUGCAGAAGGUUGUGAGUCCAGAUUACCCAGAAUGCUCAGAGAGUCAGAGGGAGGAUGAGGAGGAGUUGGAGGGUGAUGAUGAAGAUCAGAGGAGCAGCAGAGAGAUGUUUCAGCAGAUCACAGUGUUGUUCCUGAGGAGGAUGAAGCAGGAGAAGCUGGCUGACUGUCUGCAGAGCAAACUUGCCGCUGCAGUUUGUAGACGUAAACUUAAAUGUGGUCUGAAGAAGAAGUUCCAGAGAGUGUUUGAGGGCAUCGCUAAAGCAGGACAGCCGACCCUCCUGAAUGAGAUCUACACAGAGCUGUACAUCACAGAGGGAGGGACUGCAGAGGUCAAUGAUGAACAUGAGGUCAGACAGAUUGAAGCAGCAUCCAGGAAAGCAGACAGAGUAGAAAGAAGCAUCAGACCAGAAGACAUCUUUAAAGGCUCACCUGGAAGAGAUGGACCAAUCAGAACAGUGUUGACACAGGGAGUGGCUGGCAUCGGGAAAACAGUGUUAACACAGAAGUUGACUCUGGACUGGGCUGAAGACAAAAGCAACCAGGACAUCCACUUCAUGUUUCCAUUGACUUUCAGAGAGCUGAAUGUGCUGAAAGAGAGAAAGUUGAGCUUGGUGGAACUUGUUCAUCACUUCUUCAGUGAAACCAAAGCAGCAGGAAUGUGCAGGUUUGAAGACUUCCAGGUUGUGUUGAUCUUUGACGGUCUGGAUGAGUGUCGCCUUCCUCUGGACUUCCACAACAAUGAGGUCCUGACUGAUGUUACAGAGUCUACCUCAGUGGAUGUGCUGCUGACAAACCUGAUCAGGGGGAAUCUGCUUCCCUCUGCUCGCCUCUGGAUAACCACACGACCUGCAGCAGCCAAUCAGAUCCCUCCUGACUGUGUGGACAUGGUGACAGAUGUCAGAGGGUUCACUGACCCACAGAAGGAGGAGUACUUCAAGAAGAGAUCCAAAGAUGAGGAGCAGGCCAGCAGCAUCAUCUCCCACAUUAAAGCAGCACAAAGCCUCCACAUCAUGUGCCACAUCCCAGUGUUCUGCUGGAUCACUGCUACAGUUCUGGAGGAGCUGCUGAGAACCAGAGAGGGAGGAGAUCUGCCCAGAACCCUGACUGAGAUGUACAUCUACCACCUGGUGGUUCAGACCAAAGUCAAGAAGGUCAAGUAUGACGGAGGAGCUGAGACAGAUCCACACUGGAGUCCAGACAGCAGGAAGAUGAUUGAGUCUCUGGGAAAACUGGCUUUUGAGCAGCUGCAGAAAGGAAACCUGAUCUUCUAUGAAUCCGACCUGAAAGAGUGUGGCAUCAAUAUGGAAGCAGCCUCAGUGUACUCAGGAGUGUUCACACAGAUCUUUAAAGAGGAGAGAGGACUGUACCAGGGCAAGGUGUUCUGCUUCAUCCAUCUGAGCGUUCAGGAGUUUCUGGCUGCAGUCUACAUGUUCCACUGUUACACCAACAGGAAGGAGAAGGUUCUGGAAGACUUCCUGGGAAAAGACUGGAAAGAUGAGGGGAGAGACACUCUGGAUGUGUUCCUGAACAGAGUCAUGGAGAAAUCCCUGAGAAGUAAAAAUGGUCACCUGGACCUGUUUGUUCGCUUCCUUCAUGGCCUCUGUCUGGAGUCCAACCAGAGACUCUUAGGAGGUCUGCUGGAUCAGACAGAGAACCAUCCAGAAAUGAUCCAGAGAGUCAUCAACAACCUGAAGAAGAUGAACAGUGAUGAAAUGUCUCCAGACAGAAGCAUCAACAUCUUCCACUGUCUGAUGGAGAUGAAGGAUCUCUCAGUACAUCAGGAGAUCCAAGAGUUCCUUCAGUCAAAGAACAGAUCAGAGAAGGAACUCUCUGAGAUCCACUGCUCAGCUCUGGCCUACAUGCUGCAGAUGUCAGAGGAGGUUCUGGAUGAGUUGAACCUGAACAAGUACAGAACAUCAAAGGAGGGAAAACGGAGGCUGAUUCCAGCUGUGAGGAACUGCAGAAAGGCUCGACUUUCUGACUGUGAACUCUCAGAGAGUCACUAUGAAGUCGUGGUCUCAGCUCUGAAGUCCAACCCCUCCCAUCUGAUAGAACUGGACCUGAGCUGGAACAACCUGCAGGAUUCAGGAGUGAAGCAUCUUUGUGAUGGACUGCAGAGUCCAAACUGUAAACUGGAGACUCUCAGAUUGAGGGAAUGCAGGUUGUCAGAGAUCAGCUGUGAUUCUCUGGUCUCAGCUCUGAAGUCCAACCCCUCCCAUCUGGAACAUCUGGACCUGAGCUGGAACAAGCUGCAGGAUUCAGGAGUGAAACAUCUGAGUGGUUUUCUGGAGAGUCCAGACUGCAUCCUGAAGACUCUGAGAUUACAGAGCUGCAGGUUGUCAGAGAUCAGCUGUGAUUCUCUGGUCUCAGCUCUGAAGUCCAACCCCUCCCAUCUGGAACAUCUGGACCUGAGCUGGAACAACCUGCAGGAUUCAGGAGUGAAACAUCUGAGUGGUUUUCUGAAGAGUCCAGACUGCAUCCUGAAGACUCUGGGAUUGAUGAGCUGCAGUUUGUCAGAGAUCAGCUGUGAUUCUCUGGUCUCAGCUCUGAAGUCCAACCCCUCCCAUCUGGAACAUCUGUACCUGGGCUACAACAACCUGCAGGAUUCAGGAGUGAAACAUCUGAGUGGUUUUCUGGAGAGUCCAGACUGCAUCCUGAAGACUCUGAGAUUGAUUCGCUGCAGUUUGUCAGAGAUCAGCUGUGAUUCUCUGGUCUCAGCUCUGAAGUCCAACCCCUCCCAUCUGAAACAUCUGGACCUGAGUAGCAACAAGCUGCAGGAUUCAGGAGUGAAACAUCUGAGUGGUUUUCUGGAGAGUCCAGACUGCAUCCUGAAGACUCUGGGAUUGGAGCGUUGCAGUUUGUCAGAGAUCAGCUGUGAUUCUCUGGUCUCAGCUCUGAAGUCCAACCCCUCCCAUCUGGAACAUCUGUACCUGAGCUGGAACAGCCUGAAGGAUUCAGGAGUGAAACAUCUGAGUGGUUUUCUGGAGAGUCCAGACUGCAUCCUGAAGACUCUGGGAUUGAUGAGCUGCAGUUUGUCAGAGAUCAGCUGUGAUUCUCUGGUCUCAGCUCUGAAGUCCAACCCCUCCCAUCUGGAAUAUCUGGACCUGAGUGGAAACAACCUGAAGGAUUCAGGAGUGAAACAUCUGAGUGGUUUUCUGGAGAGUCCAGACUGCAUCCUGAAGACUCUGAUAUUGAUUGGCUGCAGGUUGUCAGAGAUCAGCUGUGAUUCUCUGGUCUCAGCUCUGAAGUCCAACCCCUCCCAUCUGGAACAUCUGGACCUGAGCUACAACAACCUGAAGGAUUCAGGAGUGAAACAUCUGAGUGGUUUUCUGGAGAGUCCAGACUGCAUCCUGAAGACUCUGAGAUUGAGGGAAUGCAGGUUGUCAGAGAUCAGCUGUGAUUCUCUGGUCUCAGCUCUGAAGUCCAACCCCUCCCAUCUGGAACAUCUGGACCUGAGUGGAAACAACCUGCAGGAUUCAGGAGUGAAACAUCUGAGUGGUUUUCUGGAGAGUCCAGACUGCAUCCUGAACACUCUGAUAUUGAUUGGCUGCAGGUUGUCAGAGAUCAGCUGUGAUUCUCUGGUCUCAGCUCUGAAGUCCAACCCCUCCCAUCUGGAACAUCUGGACCUGAGAGGAAACAACCUGCAGGAUUCAGGAGUGAAACAUCUGAGUGGUUUUCUGGAGAGUCCAGACUGCAUCCUGAAGUAUCUGGGAUUGAUGAGCUGCAGUUUGUCAGAGAUCAGCUGUGAUUCUCUGGUCUCAGCUCUGAAGUCCAACCCCUCACAUCUGGAACAUCUGGACCUGAGCUUCAACAACCUGAAGGAUUCAGGAGUGAAACAUCUGAGUGGUUUUCUGGAGAGUCCAGACUGCAUCCUGAAGACUCUGAUCUUGGAGUUCUGCAGUUUGUCAGAGAUCAGCUGUGAUUCUCUGGUCUCAGCUCUGAAGUCCAACCCCUCCCAUCUGGAACAUCUGGACCUGAGCUACAACAACCUGCAGGAUUCAGGAGUGAAACAUCUGAGUGGUUUUCUGGAGAGUCCAGACUGCAUCCUGAAGACUCUGGGAUUGAUUGGCUGCAGGUUGUCAGAGAUCAGCUGUGAUUCUCUGGUCUCAGCUCUGAAGUCCAACCCCUCCCAUCUGGAACAUCUGGACCUGAGCUACAACAACCUGCAGGAUUCAGGAGUGAAACAUCUGAGUGGUUUUCUGGAGAGUCCAGACUGCAUCCUGAAGUAUCUGGGAUUGAUGAGCUGCAGUUUGUCAGAGAUCAGCUGUGAUUCUCUGGUCUCAGCUCUGAAGUCCAACCCCUCACAUCUGGAACAUCUGGACCUGAGUGGAAACAACCUCCAGGAUUCAGGAGUGAAACAUCUGAGUAGUUUUCUGGAGAGUCCAGACUGCAUCCUGAAGACUCUGAUAUUGAGGGAAUGCAGGUUGUCAGAGAUCAGCUGUGAUUCUCUGAGCUCAGCUCUGAAGUCCAACCCCUCCCAUCUGAUAUUUCUGGACCUGAGUGAGAACAACCUGCAGGAUUCAUCAGUGAAACAUCUGUUAGAUCUUGUGAAGAGUCCAGACUGCAGCCUGAAGGCUCUGAGCUGGAAGUGAUGCUGAUCAGGACGGUGUUUGUGCUGAGAGGAUGAAGUGUGUCCUGAUGAUCCAGAUGUUGAAGCAGCAGCAGCUGGUGUGUAGAGACUCUGACUGGACCAUGUUACUGCACUGUAAAACAUCAAGAAUUCAUUCAGUCACAUCAACUCAUCUGUUCUAGUUUACUUUAGAGAAAUACAGGAGUUUUACUAAUUACUAAUUAUUUGAACUUAAAAUGUCUCAUUUUUCUUUUCAAACCACUUUAGAACUAAAAACAUGAAUUUGUAGAACUUGAGGCAUUUUUUCUUCAAAUAUUGAGUUGAAUGAAUGAACAGCUCAGAGUUCACUCAACUCAUUAAAUUAAGUUCACAAGAAACAAAACAAACACAGAUUUCCCCGUUAAUGUUCACAUGAUACCAUGACUGUAAAAAAUGAUCAUUAUUUUACAACCAGUUCUGUUUGUUUUGUUCAAUUACAAACAAUAUCUAGUAAAAUCCCAGAAAAGUAUUAACUUCCAUGUUCAACUGUAAAUAAUGUCCACAUCAAUAGGGUUAGGUAUUUUAAUAAAUAGUCAUUUGUUCUUUAACAACAUUUUUACUUUAUUUUAAUCAGCAACAAGUCAGAUUAUUUUACAGAUAUUUGUCCUCAUUUUAAAGACUAUUUAUGUUUAUUAAAGAUUGAAAAUGAGAAAUAUUUUGACACUUAAUUGACAUUUUUGCUGUGUUUUGUUAAAUUACAGAUAAUCUGGAAUAAAAUCACAGAAAAAAUGUUCAUUUAUUCAGAAUGUUUGCUGUAAAAAACUGUAGAAUAAUGUGAACAUUAAAAUUCACUAUUUUAAUAAAUGUUCAUUUGUUCUUUUAUACCAUUUAACUGUCACACUCUUGUUUAUUGAAUUUAAAUCAGCAAAAAAUAUCAUUUUUCCAGAAUCUGAAGGACAAACUAUGUAUAUGUAUACGAUAUAUAUUAAUUCUAUUAAAGGCAGAAAUGAUUCCAAAGCA